ACAACAGCAACGACUGCACCCCCUGAAACAACAGCAACGACUGCACGUCCAGGUCCUUGUGAUUCACGCCCAUGUGGUCAGGGGAGUACCUGUGAUCCCCGUGCUGACUUUACUUUUGUCUGCUUGUGCCUGACUGGGCAAAACUACAAUUAUGAAAGAAAAACUUGUGAGAGUGCCAAAGUUUUCCCUGGACAACUUGAACUGAGUAAAGUAGUAUAUCAUCCCAAAAUGGAAGACAAGAACUCAGAAGAAUUUAAAAACACUUCAAAUAAAAUUACUGCUGAGCUGACAAUAACCUUCAAUAAAACUGAGGGGUUCUCCAAUGUCACAGUGGUUAAAAUCGAGCCACUGCCAGAGCAACCGUCACCGAGCAGAGUUGUUAGAGAGAGCGGAAUCCAGGCAACCGUAGACAUCAUAUUUAACACAGCCGCUGACGUCACGACAGACAGUGUUGUAGAAAUUAUGAAAAAUGCCACUGACUGUGAUAACUGUUUACUGGCAGGAGCAACAUUCGAUGACACAGACCUGUGUAAGAACCAGCCCUGUGAUGAGGUAACCACGAGUUGCACAUCAAAAAAUGGAGAAUUUAACUGUCAAUGUCAUGAACACUACAUCAAGACAAACAUGACCAACAGACUGUGUAUUGCUUGUCCCAGUGGAUUCCGGGCAGUGGAUUCAGAAACAUGUACAAAAUGUAGCUUUGGUAGAUCUGGUUUGAACUGCAAAGAUUCCUGGCAGCUAGCACUGGUAAUCGUUGGCACCGUGCUCGGGGGACUGUUUAUCAUCUCCGUCAUUGUUCUGCCUCUGGUGACUUCCAGGUCAAUAAAAAAGAAAGCCAAGAAGAAUCAAAACGCAGAAAGCGGAAAUCCUUAUGCCAGACACUUCCCUGCCAGCUCACCUGCGGUUGUCGGUGACAACAGCCAGGCAUCUACACUGAAUGGCUUAACCAUUGACAGCGAUGGGGGCGUUACAAUCCCGCGGGCGAGAGUCGGCGAAAGUCUGUACGGCAUGCCUGAUGAUGAAAUGGUUCCAGGCACCAGCAGACAAAACUUGACCCCUGUGGAAAGGAACCCGUCCCCCUUCGAUGACGAAGCUGACAUAAACAUUCGACCUCAGAACAGCCCCAAUGCUCAGAUACGACCCAGGAACAACCCACUCACUGUGAAUCGCCCUCAGGUGAACCUCUACGGUCAGAGCCAAGGCCACACAAAUCCAUCCUUCAUACCAGACAAUGGUAGAUCCUUCAACUGAUGACAAACCAUAAAGUUUUCUGACACUUAUCCAGAUCAAAACA